AUGGUUGAAGCUGCGGCGGGCGAGGUGGAGCUGUCGGCGCGCGAAGCUUGGACGCCGCAGCUUUUCGCGACAACGCCCGAGCAGCUGACGGCUGCGACAACAACAUCAACAUACUGCGUCCCCUCACGCCCGCACCCAGUUGCCCAGCUCCCUCAGGUCUCGCCGACUCCCUCGCCGCAGCAGAUCCCGACCACCUCCGUCUGUGACGCGUUCUGGGCAUUUGGAGCAGCAAAAAUGUCGUUUGGAACAGGAUUGGGAAAGUCGGGCGGCUUGAGCAUCAACACUGGCGGUGGCUCUUCGUUGUUCGGCAGUUCAACGAGCGCCAGCCAGCCCCAGAGCAGCGGCGGUCUCUUUGGCAGCACCACUUCGACUUCGCAACCCCAGAGCGGCGGCCUUUUCGGCGCAUCGACAAACAAUGCCACGCCGACAGCUCAAGGCAGCAGUCUCUUCGGAGGCGCCCUUAACAAGCCCGCCACGCCGGCAUCCACCACCACGGGCGGUCUCUUUGGCGGAGGCGCUGCAGCAGGAUCGACACCCGCCGCGCAACCUCAGACGGGCUCUUCUUUGUUCGGCGGCGCGUUAGGGCAGUCCCAGCAACAAGGCCAGCAGCAACAGCAGCAGCCGCAGCAGCCGCAGCAGAGCGGAGGUCUUUUCGGCAACACUGCCCAGCCAACGCAAACGGCUACGCCGUCUUUAUUUGGAAGCAGCACCGCGCAGACCCAAAACAAACCCUCUCUUUUCGGAAACACUACAGUUGCUACACAACCCCAGCAACCUCAGCAACCUUCUCUCUUCGGCGGCUCCGCUAUGAACAACACUCAACAGCCGGCUAGCGGCGGCCUGUUUGGCUCUACUCAGAGCGCCAACGCCGGCGCACAAGCAACCGUUCCGGGCGUCCGCAUCGACAUCAGCAACAUCCGUGGAUCUACGCGUUUCUCAGACCUUCACGAGGACCUGCAAAAGCAGAUCGAACAUAUGGACACGCUCAUCCAGCAACAGAUCUCGCACCACGACCAGUGCCAGGCUUUUAUUGACGGCCGCCUGAAGGAGAACAUUUCAUAUCUCCCCAACGACGUCGAGUUCGUCAACAGCAAGUGCGAAGCUGUCGAGACCGCCCUGGACAACGAUUCGCAGGCCAUCGCUCAGCUCAAGCAGACGAUCAAGAAGGACGUCGAGAACGCGCGCAUCAGCUUCCGCGUGCUUGAAAACCUUAAGCUGCCCACCCAGUUCCAUUACGGCGGCUCUAUGUGGACGGCGGCUCCCGCUCCUGCCAAGUCUGCUGCGCCGGACGAUGAGUCCGCUGAUGAUGGCAACACCGACCUUGUGUCUUUCUUCGACAGCCAGACCGACGAGAUGGGCGACACGCUUAAGCAGCAGGCCCGCCUGCUCACCGAGAUUGAGCAGCACCUGCGCACCGUCGAGGCGAACACGAUGCAGCAAGCCCAGGAACUCAUGGCGCGCCGCGGCGCCGGUACUGCCGAGGAGCACCACGAGAACAGGCUCAGGGAGCUAGCUCUUCUGUUCCAGGAGAUCCAGAAGGCAAUUCUCAAUGAGGCGCAGAAGGUUGGAGACUGCAGGGAGAAGGUCAUCGAGGCGACUGUUGGUUCUACGGGAAUGGGGAGGUGA